CGCAUUUAUUUCAGUUCGAUUCUCGAUGCUGCAACUCCCAAUCGAAAGCACCGUCGCCAAUCAGAAGCAAUUUUUUCGUUUCUGUGAAUAUACAGCAUAGAUUUUAGUGUGAUAAAGCAGACAUUUAGAAUAUAAUUGUGAUCAAUAGUACGGAUACAAUAAUCGGUUUUGAAAAACGAGUGUUGAAAAGUGCCUGUGGCUGGGAAAUACACCGAUAAUGGUGAAUGCAAAUCUCAAGGAGAAAAUGCUACGGUUCCAGAUACCGAACGAGCUGAAGGACGAUCUCGUGUACUGUCAGCGAUCUUUGCGUCAUUUUUUAAAAGUCCACCAGCUUCUGGCAGCAAAGAUGGCCAACGGAUUGACCCAAAGCCAGGUAUCCAAACUCAAGCGCUAUCUCAUGGAGCUGGAGGCAGAAAUGGUAGACAUUGGCAACGAGCAGCGACCGCUGGCCCAGGAGCUUGACGGCCUGGUGCUGGCCUAUACCCGCCAUCUCGCCGAUUCCGAAUGCAUCGAAGUGGAUCGCGAAACCGCCUACGGCUACGUAACGCGAGCGCUUUCGUUGCAUUACGAAAUGUCGUUCACCACCAAGUACUCGCCGAAAAACGUAUCCGAGCGGUUGAAUGAAGCCCAACUGGUCCAUAAAUACGAACUUGCCUCCUUCGAUGAACCAAGGCCGAAGAAGGAAAAAGACGAAUCCCAGAGUAGCACUGGCUCGUCGAUUUCGCCGACCCUGUCGCAUCCGAUGAAUGUUCCCAAACACCAAAUUUCAUUACUGAAACCGAAGGAAGAGCGCGUUGGACCCGCUUCAGAGACUAAAGCUACAAAUGUACCUUUCAGUGGAAUAACCUUUUCGAACGCUAAAGCCAUGGUCAAUGAUCAAACAUUGAAGAAAAUUUCGCCGGAAACGGUAAAUGCUCCUAAGCGCUUGGCACGCAUGUUACCUAAGGUUGAGUCUUUGCCGCGACCGGUUCCCAAACACCCGGAAAUUUCACCACAAAAGCAAAUCAAACAGGAAGAUGACUUCGAACCAGUCGAGAUGCCACCGACUGUGGCCAUGAAUAAGAGUCGGCUUAAUUUACUGCAAGCUUUAAACAAAGCUAAAAACAGCAAUACCACUCUUCCGCCUCGCGAAAUUGAGCAAAAGCUACGUCCACGUCAAGGCAUGACGAAGACGAAGAGUGACCCACUGCCUGGCGGACAAAAGCUUACGGGAUCCAGCGGUGGGGCCUCGUCUGAUUCUUCCCCGAAUUCUCGUGCAUCCACUCCGCUCUCAGCGAAAGCUUCCGAUGAUUCUUCUGCUCCAGCAUAUCUUCCUAUCGAAGAAUACGUCGAACCCCAACCAACGGAUAUAGCAGAACUCGAGCAGCCAACAUUCUUGAGAUUUUUCGGUCUGCUUACCCUGGACGAAAGUAAAGCCCUGGCCAAUCGGAAAACCGAACGCAAACGUCGCAGCUGCAACAGCACAGAACGAAAAGAUUUCCACUACGGCAAAAUCGAUUACUGUGAGCAGCAAAGCAUUCACAUUGCCCGACGUCGUAACAAGCGUCCCAUUCUGUAUUCGCCACCAUCGACGCGAGGGGUAAAGAAGCGCAAACACUUCGAUAUGAUCGCCUCCAGACAGGGUACUUCGGCUAACUCCGGUUCGACAGUAACAUCGAUCUCGGCUACACCAGCCACUAGCGGAUCGUCGACAGCAUCCAGAACUGUUGACAGCAGUUCCAAGGCUAGUAUGCUCUCCGAUUUGGAAAACAACAUCUGCAUCGUUUGCAACAAGUCGGGAUCUACCGACAGUCUGAGUGCUUGUGUUUAUUGCUGCAACAUCUACCACCUACGGUGUCACAGUAAUAGCAUCUUCAACCCGCAGCUGCUUCGGCAGCGGGACAACAUCUGCCCGGUUUGCUUGCAGAAGAAACAACAGGUCACCUUGGCCCAGCAGAGUCUUCAGAGGGAUCAAGUGCUUCGUAAGCGUCUAUUGCGGCGUAAUGCUCACCAGAAGGCUCUACACGACAAGCUUCAGCGACGCAAGCAAAUCCUCGAAGAACGAUACCACGAGAAGCAGGAAGUGCGUGCCCAGCUGAUGGAUCAAGAACGUAGUACUCGGAAUCAGAUAGCACGGCUCAUGAAUUGCGUACGUUCCUUGCGGCACGAGUUUUAAAAUCAAGAAACGAUCACCGCAUCGGUUGUCUCGCAGGAGAUCAAAUAACCACUCGUUUUCAUAACACCACAUAUCCCACAUUUUUUUGUUACACCUUCCUUUACCUUCAACAUUUUUUGUUCAUUAUUUUUACUUUUUUAGCGAUACCUUCUACUGUUCUGUUGUUUAUAACCAACUCCCAAUCAAUGCAAUACCUUCUUAUAUUGUCAUAUUUUUUCAUUCCAAUUCUGAAAAAGUGCUGGUCAGCUUGUAAAGUAUCGAUCUCCAAAUGUGUUUUUUUUUCACACAGUCUCCCACCUUUCGAAAUGGAAAAUAUAAGUAAAGUAAUUUACAACUUAGAAAAAUUAAAUUCGCCAAACGUUGAUCGUCACCACUAAGUUUCAUAAACGUAAUUGUAUUCCUUAUAGCAGCAGUAAAAAUAUUUACUUUACUAUUUACAAGAUUUCAGUGACGUGAGGCAGGAUGGAAUCUAUUCUGUUGUAAUAACCGGUAAUGCUGUUUUUAAAUAUUAAACCUUGGAAAUAAUAA